CCUUUAGCGAACAAAGCUUCUCCCGACCUUGGGAUAGAACUUGACCAAGGCUACACCUACCCCAGACCGCAGAAGAAACAUGCAAGGCUUCACUGGGUUGCUCACGUGGUGAGUGUCGGAUUGAUACUAGUCCUGCUCUCGAUCCUAAAACACCACGACCACGCCUCUUGGGCCUACUGCUGGAACCUACAUAAUUACUACUGUAAGAGCUCUUUCGCCAUGAAGCAUGCAUGCAACUCAUUGAUAUUCUCUCGAAAGCCCCCAUCAACGAAGGCGUCGGCUCAAUCCCCUACAUUGAAACGCGCUUCCACGGCUCCCUCUGGCACCCCUCCCCCUUCAAAGGCCCACCCAGCCCCCAAACCGCCGAAGCCUGGCACUCCGUCAUGCGCUACGGCAUGAUUGGCGUCCCAGCCUCCGACAUCCUCGCCGUCGGCCACAACACCACCACGGCCGCCCGUUUCCCCGACGCCGCAGGCGGCGAUUACGUUGCAGUCGCCGUGGGGACGCACCAGCUGCACUGCCUGCACUACCUCUGGCAAGACCACCACCAAUCGCACUUCGAGGAAGUGCAGCAGAAGAUCAAGGAUAUCCCGGAGAUGUACGAGCGCCACUAUGAGCACUGCGUCGAUUACAUAAGGCAGAGCCUCAUGUGUAGCUUUGAUACCACGCUCGUGACGUAUGAUUGGGUCCUCGAUCACCAGAACCCGACGCCGAAUUCGAAUGCGAUGCACAAGUGUGUAGACUGGGACCGCGUGCAGGACUGGUUGAAAGGGAGGGUCGUGGAAACGCCAGAUGGGUUUCAGUGGGCGCAGCCGGAGGGCCAGGAGAGCUUGCCGUGGAAUCCGUAGUGGUUGGUCUUCUCUACGACGGCUGGAGCGAAUGCGAGGUGGUCGACGAAGGUCUUUCCGGGGUUUGAUCUCGGAUCACACUGGAUUAGAUAGUCUUUUGUUGUUCUUUUCGAUUUCAGUUUCGUUGCUCGGCUCGCCGUGCCAGCUAAGCCUUGGUAUUGACGCAAGGCUGAACUCUCUGCACGCCUCCUGUAGCACACGAAAUGCAAUCACAUCCUCAUUGGGAAAAGAGCGCGCAGAUCACAAACCUAAUCCAAUGGCUCGGGCGGGCACCGUGGGAAAAAGGCAAACAACAUCCAUGGAGGCAGCUGUAGCCUUCCCUGCCUUCUUCCGGCGCGCUUUAUUUUUUGUUGUCGACAGCUAAAGGUUUC